AUGAAACCAUAAUAAAAGAAAUAAUAAUAACAAUUGCGGGAGAAGGGGUUUGACACUUUUAUCUCUGGAGCCAACAAGGAAAGGGUCAAUUAGAAGACCAAAAAUCAAUUGAAGGUGAAAAGCAGGAAUGUGAAGAAGUGGAAUGAUGAACACAGUCAAUCCCAGAAGAUAGGCACACUUGACCACGAUGAUUUGGAGGUCUUGAGGAAGUCAUUAGUGUAAGGUAUUGGGCAUCAUUAAUUCAGGUAAUGUGCUCAGCAAAUCUUAAUAGGAUUUGCUUGAAAAAUUGCAGAAAGACACGCCCAUUGAUCAUAGAUAUGACCCUCACUUCUCAUAAUUAUUGGAUAGUGACAAUGAUGAAUUGGACGAAUAAUACAUUCAAGAAGAAGAAGAAGUAAUUAAAAAUUUGAAUAACUAAGUUGUGUUAAUCUGAAGGCGAAGACAAUGGUAAUGGUGAAGAAGUCUAUAAAGAUGACUUUGAAAACACUAAACCUCAAAUUCAACCUGUUGUUCAAUAGCCAUAGCCUUAAUAAAUAAUACAAGUAGUCAAUUUACCUGCUACCAAACCCAGACCCAAUAGUGGCAUAUCAGAAUAACCAUAAUCUCAAUAGCAACAACCCCAGUAACUUAGAUAACCUUCCCAGGAAAUUAAACCUCUUCCCUUGAAUAAACCAGAAAUGAAGCAAUAUGCAUCCAAACCUCAAUUAAGGGCUAAUUCGGUCACUAAGUAGGAAGAUAUCAAAAAUGAUAAUCACUCCUUCAAAGCUCCCCAAACAUCUCAAAGUUAGAAACCAUAAGAAAAGUAAAAAGAUAAUCUUGAAGAAUUGUUUGAAAAAAUUGAAAAGUUAUCGAGUAAUGAGAAACAAAAACUCAUUUUCUUCUUGAAUAAGAAUACCAUCAAUGCAGAUGAGAAGACUGACCGAUCAGAAAUUAAAAAUGAAUAGAACUUGUAAAAAUAGACAUCGGAAAUAGUAAGCAAAUAAUAAAAACAACAAAAAGAGUUAUAAAUUAUUGAAAAUAAACCAAAAGAAUAAAUAUAAUUGAGUCUCCCUUAAUAAUAAUCAAAUCACUAACCAUCUUUGUAAAUGCCAUAAAUUGAAAACAAAAAAAGGAAUUCAAGCAUCAACAAUGUCAUUCAAAUACAAUAAGAAUUUGUCAACUAAGAAAAGUUAUAAAUUGGUAUGGAAAAAAAUUCUGAAAUUUUGAUCGAUAAGAAUUGUUAGUUAAAAAUAAGAAUACUUUCCACUUGGGGUAAUCCAAGUUUAGUAGGUCUCACUGAAAUAGAACUUUAUGCAAUUGAUGGUAACAAAGUUUAACUUAAACCGUACAAUAUUAAAAUGGCAAAUGCAUAGUCACUCAAAAUGCCAGAAAUCCUUAUCAAUGGCAAAUACUUAACCAAAGAUGCAGUCAACAUGUGGUUGGGAAGCAUGCCUGAUCCUCCAAAAACCAUAGAUAUCGAAAUCUCUUAUGAUGAUGAUAUUGUCUUGGGAGGACUCAAGAUUUUCAACUACAAUAAGAGUUUGAUCGAUAGUGUUAAGGGAGUUAGAGACAUGGAAAUCUUAUGUCGAUAGAAUGGUGUUGUCAUCUCUAAAAUAGUGGAAAUUAAAAAAGGCACAGGCUUUGAAAUCGAUGAUUAUGGAACUGAAAUUCAAAUUAUGGAUAAUUUUAAAUUCCCAACCUUUUAGAAUACUCAUUCCAAAUUCGCCUAAAAACUCAGGGGCUAGAUUGAUUAAUCAGAUGUUAUUGAAAAAAAACAAGAAAAAUUAGAGGAUUCAAAGCCUCCUCCCUCAAGAAAAGGGAAAGGACCUAUAGUCGUCGAUGUAUUCAAAGGAGAAAGAUUAGAUACGGGUAAAACUGAUAAAAAGGUUGAGUAGAUACAGCCAUCUAAUAAUAAUUAAUAAAAUUAAUAACCUAUUAAUGAACCUAGAAGAAGGAGAGAUAUGCCGCAGCCUACUUAAGAUUACCUUGAAGAAACUCUUCAAUAUUUUAAUAUUACAUAACAAGGUCGAUUGAAACCUGGUUAGAGACAGGACAUCAUUGAAGAUCCAGUACCCAUUCAAAAAUACGAAGAAAUUGAUGCUUUGGACUUUUUUUUCAAAGGUUAAUAAAGACCUAAUAAUGUCUAGCCAAAACAGUAAUUAUCAAAGUGGGAAACGCCUGCUUAACAAUAACUUCCUUAACAAAUUACCCAAUAACCAAACAGAAAUAAUUAUAGAUAGUAAACAUAAGAAAAUGCCUAGCUCAUUAAGGAUUUGCUUAAUUAACCAUUAAUUAACUAAGCUCCAUUAAAAAAAGCCAAGAAGUAGGUUUCCUUGCCUAGCCUUCCUCAGGUUAGAGUAAUCACAAUUCACAUACAUUCGACUUGGGGAGACAAAUAUUAUGUUGGAUUGAAUGGAAUUGAAAUAUUCAAUGAACAAGGAAAAUAAAUUGAGAUUUAAGAUCCAUACAGUCAAGUCAAGGCUGAUCCAAGUGACAUUAAUGUGUUACCAGAAUAUUUCAAUGACCCAAGAACACCUGAUAAGUUAGUUGAUGGAGUAUAUUACACUCAGUCUGAUAUGCACGUAUGGUUGAGUCCAUUUCAGAGAGGGAAGAUUAAUAAGAUUACUAUUGAUUUGAAUGAUAAGAAGAAAAUUAGUAUGAUUCGAAUAUGGAAUUAUAAUAAGAGUAGAAUCCAUAGUUUUAGAGGAGCCAAAGAUAUAAGUUUAUUUUUUGAUAAUCAAAUUGUUUUCAGAGGAGAUAUAAAGAAGGGUUUUGGGAACAUGAAUUUAUAAAGAGUUAUUAAUUAGAAUGAACAACCCUUUGAACUGUUUCUAUUCACUAGUGAUGAAAAUAUCAUCUAGCAAAUAGCAAAAAACGAUUGGAUAAACUCUUAAGAAUUCUAAACUAUAUAGCAUGAUCAUCAAAAUGAAAGACCAAAUACAGGGAAUGCAGAUUCAGAAGUGAGACCAACGACAUCAGCUAAAGUGACUAAUCUUUAGAAUGAAAGUACUAUAAAACCAUAAUGAUUUAGUCAAAUAAGCCAGAUAACAAGAGCAAAAUCAAUAGAGACAAGAGAAAUAAUAAAUCUAAAGAGCAUUAGUGAAUCAGAAUUCAAAUGGUAUAAUUUGUAGAUAUUUGUAAAUCAAACUAUUAAGACCUUGGGCAGAUUAACCAUAUAUUGGAUUGACUGGAGUUGACAUUUAUGGUAUUGAUUUAUUUAUCUAUUUAGGUAAGGAGGGAAAAAUAUAAGUGAAAAACAUUAAAUCAGAUUAUCAAAGUGAUGGAGACAAAGUCAACAUAGUCAGUCUCAUAAAUGGGAUUAAUGUGACAACUAAUGAUAUGAAUAUGUGCAUCCUACCCUUUCAACCUGGAAGGUAUGUCACUUUUACAUUUACAUUUGACAUCCCUCAAUUGAUAACCUCCAUUAGAAUUUGGAAUUAUAAUAAAUCCUAUGAGGACUCUUUUCGAGGGGCUAAGUUCAUUAGUUUAUUAAGUGAUUAAGGAAUAAUCUCUAAUUGUGUUGGAUUGAAAAGAGCUCCUGGCUGUGAAAUUUAUGAUUACGCCUAAACGAUAACAAUACCAUGCAAAGAAUAUGUUUUCGAAGAAACCACUUAAGUAUAAAAGUAAUUAAGAUGCGAAUAUGAAAUCAAUAAUUUAAUGGUUGGAUAUGAACUCAAGAUCUAAUUGAUAACUACUUUUGGAGAUAUUCAUUAUAUUGGAUUGAAUGGUUUAGAAAUUCUAGAUUGGAAAGGUAGGCAAAUACAAGGCAAUAUUGGAGCAGAACCAUCAUCUGUCAGAAUUCUAUAAUCGAUGAGGGGAGACAAAAGAGUAGUUGAAAAUCUCUUGGAUGGAAUAAACGAAACUCAAAAUGACACUCACAUGUGGUUAGCUCCAUUCACUAAUAGAUGUUUUGACCAUUCUCAAGAUCCUCAAAUCAAUACUCUCUAUUUCGGCUCUGAACAACCUUUUGCUCUUGGCUGUAUCAUCUUUUGGAAUUACACAAAAACUCCUUUAAGAGGUGUACAUGAAAUUGCAAUUAGUCUUGACGAUUAUAUCAUCUACAGAGUAUAAUUCUCAUCUAAACUUAGGGGUAUCUAAGAUAGGCAGGUAAUGAUGGAAAUCAAACUGUUGUUCUAUUUUACAGAGACAUGCAGUUGAUGGAAAGAUUCAGUGGGAAAUAUUAUACCGAAUUUGGGCAAAAACAAUCUGCUGGCUAUAAAAAUGAAGAGAAAGUAACUUUGUCUUUAUUCUAUGAUCUAGGGUACUAGAUAAGUUUAAACUUAUGCUCUUUUAGAAAGACCAAUAACUAGAGUCAAAGGUAGUAAUUGAUUAUAAUAUAUUUUAUACAAAAUUUAUUAUAUUUGUACAUGAAUUAGAGACAUUGUCCAUUUUGUGAAAAAAGUAAAGAUACUUCCAGCGUUAAACAUUUCUACUCAGAAUUAAUCAAUAGUGUAUCAAUAAUUAAACAAUGAACAGGCAUUGUACACUAAAUAUUCAUCAAGAAGAUCCAAAAAUUUUGAAGACUUCUUUGCUCGAAAACCAGUAAAGUGGGUUAUUGAUUUUAAAGAUCAAUUACACCAAUUAGAUGAUGAAGAAUACUUGAAAAGGUUAUUUGCAUUCAUAAUAUAAUAAGGUUCUAUCCAAGUAACCAACAGCCCCAUAAAAUUAAAUCUUUGUUGGAAUACUAUAGAUAUCAUAAGAAUCUGCCACGACUCUUUUUUGGAGCCUUGGCAGAAAAAGCAAUUGCAUUUUUUGAGAAAAAAAAGUAUAAGAAAUUAAUAUCAACUAUUAAAUAGAAAGCAUGAAUAUAGAAGAAUUAAAUAAAUGCUCGGAAUUCCUUAUGAUUAGUCUAAUUUGAGUACAUGUACAAAAAUUUUCGCAUAACAACAUUAGAAUAUGAAAAAUUGAAUGAAGACAUUUAAGUUUUAAAUAGUUUAAGUAAAUUUACUGAAAAAUCCACUUAAUCUAUAUUAAAUAAGUUCUUUAAAACGUAACCUAAUUAACCUAGUGAUUACAAGCUAGUAAGUAUUCCGUGAUAUAUUGUAUAUAGAAUAUUGAUGAAACUUGGUUGACUAUGUAAUAGUAAGAAUUGAAUAUUCCAUAAUUAAACUCUAAGUAAGCGCUUUAGAAUCACAAGUCACUUACGAAGAUAGUGAAAAAACAUUCUAAUGAUAAGAUUAAGCUGCCUUUUCAUUUAUUGAAAGGCAAAACCUUAUCGAAUAUAAGGAAUUCUUAAAAUUAAUCUCCAGAAAGACUUAACCCUACACAAAAGUCCUCCUCUUAAUAACAUAUCAAUAGCAGCCAAGAAGAAUGCGAAUUUUAAUCCUACAUGAAGUCAAAAAUAUUGACUUUAUCUCAAUAAAACAAAAAAAAAAUCAAUAAAAUCUUUCAAUAUAGAAAUCAGUUUGAUUAAAAUUACUAUAUUAAUACACAAGGUAGACGAAACAGCACUCAUUUUAUUACUAGUACAAGUAGUGUAUCUCCAGAUUAAAUCAAGAUAGAAUAGCCACGCUUGAGCUAAAUCUAAUUGAAUAUAUAAGAUAGAUAGAGCUAAUCCAAUUUCUUUAAUUAUGCUUUACACUUCCCAAUGUAAACAUCAAGCUAAUUCACCUAUAAAACUGAUGUGUCUCCUUAAAAAAAAAAUUAGUAGAUAAUUCAAAUUUAUUCAAAUAAUUUGAGUAACAAAAUAAAAACAUAACCAAGAAAAUCCACUGAGAAGUUAAGAAUAUUUUAACAUCCUAAUUCAAAUACAACAAAAUUAAAUAUUUCCAAGGCUGUUUUAUAAAAAAAAGAUAAGAUACCUCCAUUUUUAUAACUUAAAUUUCGAUUGGAUGAUCUUCAACACUCAAAUAAUAGAAGAAAAUAAUGUAAUCAAAAUCCAGAUGUACAGUAAAUAUAAAUAGAUGAUAAAUAAUAGACAAGAGGAUCAUCAUACACCAUGGUUAAAAGUUAAGUUACAACAAAAAAAUAAAUAAAAAAUAAAUGA